AUGGUUGACAAAGUCGAUAUUCAUGCAACUGUAAGAGGCGGAGGAGUUUCAGGUAAAGCUGGUGCAAUUCGUUUCGGUAUUUCUUGGAGUUUACGUUCUUUUGUGGACCCUGAAACAGUAGAACGCAUGCGAAUUGCCGGUCUAUUGCAAAAGGACUACCGAAGAAGAGAAAGGAAAAAGCCAGGCCAAGCAAGAGCUAGAAGGAAGUUUACUUGGAAGAAGCGUUAA